GUUAUGUGUUGUAUUCGUAACUAGGCGGUUUAUAUUGGAAGAACUGCGAUGAAAAUUAUAUUAACAACUAUUUUAAUCUCUCGACUAAUUUUGAUUGGAAGCUCUCAAACCUGCAAGGAAUCCAAAGAAUUAGAUAAUAAUUGUGGUAGAUACUGUUUUACAGUUGUAAAGCCCGUUUUGGAGCACACGGUCCAAUUACAAAAACAAGUCGAUAGCCAGGAUCUUAGCCAGAAAUUGAAAACACAAAUGAAAUUUGAAAAUAUUGAACAACAGUUGAAAAUAUUACAGGAUGAGGUGGCUAAACUUAAACUGAAUUCUGUCCAGGAGAAAUUAGAGGAUCAAAAAGGAUUAUUUGAGAAAAUUGGAUCAAAAUAUUAUUAUAUUGAAAGACAUCAAGGAUCGAAUUGGUUUACUGCUGUUCACAAGUGCCACGAACUCGGUGGACACUUGGCUAGUCUACAAAAUCAGAGGGAAUUGGAUGCGCUGAUACCCAAGUUACAGCCUCUCACUUGGAUAGACAUCAAUGAUCUGGGUCAUAAAGGAGUGUAUCUUUCACAUACCACUGGCCAUAAAGCACCCUUCUUCAAUUGGCAUCAGGGAGAGCCCAACCAUAGUUUUAAUAUUGAGAGAUGCGUCCUUUUGGAGUAUAGAGCUGAAGGGUACAAUAUGAACGAUCAAGAUUGCAACGUUGAAGGAUCUUUUAUCUGUGAAAUGUAUAGCCCAAAGUAGAAAAUAAAUAACGAAAGACAAUUUAAAAAAAUAU